AUACGAGCGAGUUUUUGGACGGCUUCCAAUGUGCGAGGAUUGCGGAGCGGAGGCCAAAGCUGCGAAGACCAUGUGAGGCUCUUGUCGCCCGCUCACCACCCCAAAGUGUGAAGUGAGCGUCGGGCGGACAGAUAUGUAUAUAGAGGGCGCUCCCCUCGUCGCCUACCUGACGCCGGUCACCCAUCAUCGACGCCUCGACCGCGAUACGAGCAUCAAGAGCUCCCGAUAUCAUGGCGAUUGUAUCCGAGUCUCCGCAAAAGCGCCGUUGCGUCGUGAGUUUCGACCGCUUCACUCCCGUCACGAUCCACGUGGGCCAAGGUCUAGAGAGGAAGGAGUUCAUUGCCCACGAGCCUUUCAUCGCUCGAUCCGAAUUCUUUCGUCGAGCGCUGAAUGGCAACUGGCCCGAGGGUAUCGAGCGCAUCGUGGAGAUGCCAAAUGACGAUCCUGAGCACUUCAGGCUGUAUCUGAGCUUCGUCUACACAAGCAAGCUUCCUCGUGACCGCGAACCGUUGCCCAAGGAUGACGCGGAAUGGACCAGCCGCUAUGAAGCAGACUAUAUGGAUCUGGCUCGCAUCUAUGCACUAGCGGAGAAGCUGCAAGAUCCCGUUACGAAGAAUGCCAUUGUCCAUCGCAUGUUUCAGCUUUCGAGCUGCGGAGCAUUCCCUCCGGGAAAAGCGAUCCAAAUCUUCUACGAAUCAACACCCGAGAGUAGCCGCAUCAGAGGAUUGCUUCCGGGAUAUGUGGUCUAGCGUCACGAAGG